UGCUCGUCGUCCACAUCCACAUCUGUGGUGCUUGCUGCACAUAAAUCAAAGAAAGAAGUAUGUUACUAAAUUCAUAACUUCUUAAUUUUUCCAAUUUAAUCAUAGCCAUUUUAUUUAAAAUUAUAGUGCGGAUUGUAGAUACUUUGCUUCAGUUGCAAAAUAUAUGGUCAUCAUGUCUUCACCAUUAGAGAAUCUUGAGACACAGCUAGAGAUGUUCAUAGAAAAUGUUCGACAAAUUAGAAUUAUUGUAAGUGAUUUUCAGCCACAGGGGCAAAGUGUAUUAAAUCAAAAAAUACAGUCCUUGGUAACUGGAUUACAAGAAGUGGAUAAAUUGAAGUCACAAGUUCACGACAUUCAUGUACCAACUGAAGUAUUUGACUACAUUGAUCAAGGACGCAAUCCACAACUGUAUACAAAGGAUUGUAUUGAUAAAGCUCUUGCUAAGAAUGAAGAAGUAAAAGGAAAAAUUGAUUCAUAUAAACGCUUUAAGAGCCAUCUACUUCAAGAGCUAUCUAAGACAUUUCCUAAUGAAAUUGCUAAAUACAAAGCUAUUAGGGAAUAAUAUUUUGUAUUCUUGAUUUGAUAUU